AUGACGGUGAACACCUAUACCGCCAUUAAACAUAACUGGGUAUGCCCUACCUGUACUAUGGGAGUAAGAUGUGUCAAAGGCGACGAAACACCAACCCGUAGGCAAUUCGAGCAGCGCCCGGCCAAGACCGAUGACAAUCUGACUUCCAACAGUGCCUCUAAUAGCGCUGUAGAUGGAGUAACGGGUUCAUUGAAUAUUACAGAUGCAAAUAUUUCUGACGUCUUACAAGAACUACGAGCAUUUAGAAGCGAUUUUGUCGGCAUGAGGUGUGAUAUCCAAAAGGUAACUAACAGUAUACAAGAAUUAAACAAAAAAUUUGCCGAAAUGGAAUCGCGCUUUAGUAACAUUGAAGACAGAUUAACAGCCACCGAAAACAAGACUGCUCUGAUUCCUAGGCUAAAACAAGACUUAGAUUCUGCUAAAAGUUCAAUAUCGGUUCUGGAAAACGAGUUACAGCAGCGGGAUCAAUUAGGUAGGAUGAACAAUAUCGAAAUAUCCGGGAUACCUACUACUGCUGGUGAAAACCUCAUGGGUAUAUUACGGGCCAUUUCAAUUAAGAUUGGGCACUCACUGGACGACCGUGACAUCGAUGGUGUCACGCGUGUGCGAAGGUUCGAGGCGGGUGUGUCUGGGGAAACAAGCAAUCCGCGUCCGCCGGCCAUUAUUGUAAAAUUUACUCGACGGCUGUGUAAGGAUGCAUUUCUCGCAGCGGUGCGCUCGCGACGUGGCCUAACUACUGCUGAUGUUGGUCUCUCGGGUCCCUCGCUAAAUCUGUAUGUAUCUGAUCAUCUCACCCCUCAAAAUAAACAAUUAUUAAAACGUGCCAGACAGAUCAAAACUGAUUUAGGCUAUUCUUAUUUAUGGGUUAGAGAUUGUAAAAUAUUGAUACGUAAAAACGAAAGAUCAAAGGUCAUUGUUAUUAAGAACGAUGUCGACAUAUCAAAGUUAAAGUGA